AUGGCACAUAGCUCGAUCGAUCAAGUGGAGGAUCCCACUUAUAGUCGCGAGAAGAAGGAUGAAAAUGUCGAAACGCCGCCAAUAUAUGACGAUCCGUUUGGGGAUGAAGAGUUCGCAGAGGUCAAGUAUCGCACCUUGCGCUGGUGGCAAUGUGGAAUGAUCAUGGUCGCCGAGACUAUUUCGCUGGGCAUUCUAUCGCUCCCUUCGGCCAUGGCGGCGCUCGGCCUUGUUCCGGCUGUGAUCCUCAUCAUAGGCCUCGGCUUGGUAGCUACGUACACAGGGUACGUUCUCGGCCAGUUCAAGCUGCGAUAUCCCCACGUGCAUAGUAUGGCAGAUGCUGGUGAAAUAUUGCUGGGCCGAUUUGGUCGCGAAUUCCUGGGAACUGCCCAAUUGGUCUUCUUGAUCUUUAUCAUGGGUAGUCAUAUCCUGACUUUUACCGUCAUGAUGAAUACUGUAACCAAUCAUGGCACCUGCUCCAUUGUGUUUGGGAUAGUCGGCUUAAUCCUGUCUUUCGUUUGCACUUUGCCUCGUACCUUGAAGAAAGUGUCCUGGCUGUCAAUUUCCUCAUUCAUCAGUAUUAUCGCGGCCGUUCUGAUCACCAUGAUCGCUAUUGGAAUCCAGCGACCUGGUGACGGACAUAUCGAUGUCACCGUCGAUACCAGUUUAUACAAGGGCUUCUUAGCUGUGACAAACAUCGUCUUUGCUUAUGCUGGCCACGUCGCUUUCUUUGGCUUUAUCUCCGAGAUGGAAACACCAACAGAUUAUCCCAAAACCCUGUAUCUGCUUCAGGCAACUGAUACAACCAUGUAUACCGUCACUGCUUUAGUCAUAUACCGAUAUGGUGGCAAAGACGUGUCAUCCCCCGCAUUGGGAUCAACGAGUCCAUUGGUCUCGAAGAUCGCCUACGGAAUCGCCAUACCGACGAUCAUAAUUGCUGGCGUGAUCAACGGGCAUGUGGCCGCCAAGUACAUAUAUGUUCGUCUCUUCCGAAACACAGAUCGCAUGCACAAGCGGAAUCUGGUGUCAAUAGGGUCAUGGAUUCUGAUCGGAUUGGUGCUCUGGACGCUCGCAUGGAUUAUUGCCGAGGCGAUCCCAGUGUUCAACAACCUGCUGAGUCUGAUAACGGCAUUGUUCGCCAGCUGGUUUACGUACGGAAUGAGCGGCAUUUUCUGGCUUUUCAUGAACUGGGGCCGUUACACAUCUUCCCCCCGGAAGAUAUUCUUGACCGUAGUCAAUUUGAUCAUUGUUGGCAUUGGUGGAUGUCUGUGUGGACUAGGAUUGUACGUAUCAGGCAAAGCCAUCCACGACGAUCCAAGCAAUGCUAGUUUCUCAUGUGCCAACAAUGCCUGA